AGAGGAGAGAGGAGGGCAGGACUGGCAGGGUGCGGUCUGAAGUGGCAACAGAUCGUUUUGGAUCACUCAAAUCCCUUCAAUUCAGCUGGAAAGCUGCAGCUCGUUGCCGGUGCCGCAUAUGGAGAGGAGAAGGCUUUCAGAUCCAGAGCGCGCACCAACCAAAGAGCGGGCGAGAGCGGACUGAUUCCCAGAGCAGAGAGGCAGAGAGGGCGAGAAACCACAACACUGAAAACUUGGAUAUCAGUCACCGCUCCCUCUCUCUUUGAGUCUCUCACCCACCAAAUCGACUUUGAACCUGUUUGUUUAAAUACACGCACUUUACUGCCUGCACACUUACUGUUGGUUCUGCAAGGCGGAGGGAGCGCAGUUUCUCUAUUUGGGUCCUUUUUUAUUUUGGGGGAAAAAAAAGUUUUUCGGUGUCCUCAUGGUGUCCGGUGCAGCCGAGGUGUUGAUCUUCUUCUAUCCGAGCUUUUCGGACGUGAUGUCGCGACUGUCACGGACGAUGGAGUCGGGACCUGAGCCGGGGAGGCACUGAAGACGGUCUCUCUCCCCAGGGAGAGUUCUCCCCCCCCCUUUCCCGGGGCGAUGCGGAUCUCCUUCCUCCCUCUCACCGCCUCUCUGUGUGCCUUGGUCCUCCUCCUCGCACCUGCCUCGGAGGGCUGCGGGCCGGGGAGGGGGUACGGCAAGAGGCGGCUCCCGAAGAAGCUCACGCCGCUCGCCUACAAGCAGUUCAGCCCCAACGUCGCCGAGAAGACCCUGGGAGCCAGCGGGCGACCCGAGGGCAAAAUUACGCGCAACUCGGAGCGCUUUAAAGAGCUGACGCCGAAUUACAACACAGACAUUAUCUUCAAGGAUGAGGAGGACACGGGCGCUGACAGGCUCAUGACACAGCGUUGUAAAGACAAGUUGAACUCUCUAGCCAUCUCCGUGAUGAACAUGUGGCAGGGCGUGAAGCUGAGGGUGACAGAGGGCUGGGAUGAGGACGGCCACCACUCCGAGGACUCGCUGCACUACGAGGGACGCGCCGUUGACAUCACCACGUCAGACAGGGACAGAAAUAAGUAUGCCAUGUUGGCACGGUUGGCAGUAGAAGCUGGAUUCGACUGGGUCUACUACGAGUCCAAAGCCCAUGUUCACUGUAGCGUCAAGUCAGAACACUCAGUGGCAGCCAAAACCGGUGGUUGUUUCCCAGGCGAUGCUCAGGUUAAUCUUGAGGGAGGGGCUACAAAACAGAUACGCGAACUUCACCCCGGUGACCGUGUCUUAGCUUCCUCAUCGACAGAUGGCAGCGGUCCUCUUCUCUACAGCCCAGUUUUAUCCUUCCUGGACCGGCAGCCCAACGCCACAAAGACCUUUUACGUCAUUGGCACCGACGCAGGACUUAAUAUUACGCUCACAGCUGCUCACCUGAUCUUUGUCACAGACUGUGCUGGUGGGCAGAGAGAGCUGGGACGGGAGGAGGAAGUUAAAGAGACACUUUUGGGCUCCAUACUGGGGCGUAGGCCUCGCUGGGAAGCAGAUCUGAAGUCAGUUUUUGCCAGCGAGGUCCGUCCAGGACAGUGCGUACUCACGCCACAAGGGAAGGUGGGGUCAGAGGCGGCAUUUUCUGUUGUGUCCUUUGUGGAGGAGCAGAGGAGCACCGGACUGUACGCCCCACUCACCCAGCACGGGUCUAUAGUGGUGAAUGGUGUGCUGGUGUCCUGCUACGCUGCUGUGGACAAUCACCACUUGGCCCACUGGGCCCUGUCCCCGCUGAGAUUCUUCUACAGCCUGAUAGGGCCUUUAGAACCGCAGACUGAAGGGCUGCUCUGGUAUCCCUGGCUUCUACAGAGGCUGGGGCAAAUGCUGCUGGACGAUGGACACUUCCACCCCUGGGGGAUUGAGCAAGGACAUAGAUAGGAUCCACAGAGACACUUCAUUCAGUCACCUGUAUUCAGGAGCGCCAAAGCAAGGAGCACAGCCGUCUCUCUCUCCACAUAGGAAAGCGAUAGAGGGACCACCAAAGACAAUUGAUUUAAUUGUGUAUUGUGUAAAUGUAUUUUGUACUAAAUCUACUUGCCUGUAUUUGCUGUACUUCAACAAAUUCCUUUUUGUCGCACAAGAAACAUUGUAUAAAUCAACAUCUAAUUUAUAGCUUUAACACCAACACAAAUUCACUCCUGUUCAAUCCGCUCACCAUAGAGAUCAAAAACUAAGACUGUGACUUAAAGUUCCCAGUGUGUAGGACUUUGUUACCUGAAGGCCACUGUAGAUUCUUCUACACACUUAGAAAGGUAGGGGUGAGGGAAAGGGGUAUUCAGUUGGUUGCCAUCUGCAACCUCACCACUAGGUGCCACUAAAUCCUACACACUGGUACUUUAAAUCGAUGACUUUAAUCAAUAGUGAAGUAAGACAAUCAGGAUUCCUCAUUCUUUUUGUACUGUAUUAACUGUAAUCUCUCAACAUUUCUGCAAUUGAUAUCAAGCUGGGACAUACUGUUACUGUUAGAAGAAAUGAACACAUGAGGAAAAAGGUGAAGGAAACUAGGGACCAAACAUUUAAAGCUCUGUGUGUACAUAAGUAUUUAUACAGUUAAGUGAUGUUAUGAAGAAAGACAACAAUUGAACUCUACUGUUGAAAAUCAUAAUUUCAGUCUGUAGAGCCUAAGGUCUAUAUCCGAAUAAAUUGACAAAAUAAUAUUUAACUAGAAAACCUCUGAAUCUCAUUCAAAUGUGUAUGGUGAGGUUCUAUGUAAUGACUGAAUGCAGUGUAUCAAUAUGCUGGUGUUGCACUGUAGUUUCACAACCAAAAAGAGCUAAGUUGGAAACAAUACUGACUGUCAGGGAACGAUGAUGGACUGUGUCGCAGUGUUUUUAGGGGUCUGUCCGCCACAAUCAUCCAACUUAAUUGUGGCAGACUGAUUCAUAUGGUUCAUUUUUACGUCUUAAUGUUUUGAUCAGAUAUUUUGUGACAUGUUUUUUUUGUCAUCAGGUUUCAGAUUUUCAGUUUUCAGGUCAGUAGUCCCUAGGUAAGACACACACAAUACUCAGGCUGUAUUCAACUACUGUAUUAAGCAACAGCUAUGCAUCUUGAUAAAUAACCGUUAUCUUUAGUCUUGAAUAGAAAACUUCCUUUAUGUUUACAUUUACAUUUUUGUAUUUCAUCUGUCAACCAAGACCAUUUCAUUUUACCCAAGCGUCCCUUCAGGAAACACUCGAUGAGCACAUUCUGUGACUCAAACAAGAACAUUUGCAUUUAUCUAUAGGAACUCCAAGGGCUUUCUUCUAUAUGCCUGCUCAACGACUUGUUAAAUAUGUAUAUUAAGCUUUUGUUGGAGAGACUAUUUAAAGAUCUAUUUUUAGAAAAUAAUGUUAACUAUUAUUAUUUUUGGCAACUAUGUGCAUACAAUUUGUAUUUUA